AUGUCCCUCGGCCAAUCGGAGUGUUCGGAGCAGACAUCAACGGACGAUCCUGUUUUUGAGGAGUUCAUUCCAAUCAAGAAAAGGGCUUCACCUGAUUGCGAUGAAGAAGAUGAUGAAGAAUAUUAUGAUGAUGGUGAAGAGCAACAUUCUCAUAGAAACAAGAUUCAAAAGGAGGAUAGUACCAACAACAAUAAUAAUAACAGCAGCUGCAGCACUGAUAAGAAAAAAUCUGACUGGCUCAGAUCUGUUCAAUUGUGGAACCCUGAUCCCCAACCACCUAAAGAGGAUGUGCCUAGAAAAGCGUCUGUUGUGGAAGUGAAGAGAAGCAUUGGUGGUGCUUUUCAGCCAUUUCACAGAGAGGAGAGCACUGUUGGAAAGGUUAAUGCAUCAUCAUCAUCAUUGCCAACUGCCAAAACGCCUUCUUCUCCGCCGGUGCCAGCAACAAGUUCCACAGGACCUGUAUCGACCGGAGGCAAUGCUGGAAGCGGCGGUAAAAGAGAGGAGAAAGGACAGGGUCAGAGGAAGCAGCGGCGGUGCUGGUCACAGGAACUACACAAACGGUUCCUUCAUGCCCUUCAGCAGCUUGGAGGUGCAGAUUGUAAGUAUUUUAAGAAGCAUAACAUAAUUUCCUUGUCAAUUUUCUGUUACUCCCUAACUUUUGAGAUUUCCCUCCUUCAAUUUUGUAGCUAACAUUUUCGAGUCAUUCAAUUUUUUCCUU